AUGAAAGAAGAUUAUACUGCUUUGAGGGAUAAUGAUACUUGGGAUUAUGUUCCACCUGAACCACAUAUGAAUAUUUUAGGAUGUAAAUGGGUUUAUAAGGUUAAACAAAAGGCAGAUGGUACUAUAGAUAGGUUGAAGUCAAGACUAGUUGCAAAAGGGUAUAAUCAGCAAGAUGGAAUAGAUUACAAUGAAACUUUUAGUCCUGUAGUUAAAAGCACCACAGUUAGAGUUGUUUUGUAUCAUUCAAUGUUUGUGUAUUAUUCUGCUAAGGGUAUGAUUGUUUUACUUUUAUAUGUGGAUGAUAUCUUGCUUACUGGGAACUCUCCUACAAUGAUAAAUAAUCUGAUUGUGUGUCUGAAAAAGGAGUUUGCUAUGAAAGAAUUGGGUGACUUAGGUUACUUUUUUGGUUUGGAGGCAGUAAGAGAUGACAAUUCCAUUACAUUAACUCAGCAGAAGUACACUUUAGAAUUGUUAGAAAAAGAUGGUAUGCUAGAGUCUAAGCCAUGUGAUACACCAGUUGCUAAGGGAGCUAGAUUAUCUGUGAAUGAUGGUGUUAAAAUAGAUAAUCCAGUUGAAUGCAGGACAAUAGUGGGUGCUUUACAGUAUUUAACAGUGGCAAGACCUGACAUAUGCUUUGGUGUUAAUUAUGUCUCUCAAUUUAUGCAUUCACCUACAGAUAUGAAUUUACAACUUGUAAAAAGAAUUUUAAGAUAUUUGAAAGGGUCAAUUGGAAUGGGUAUUACUCUUACAAAAGGUAAUUUGCAUAAGUUGAAAUCUUUUACAGAUUCAGAUUGGGAUGGUUGUCCAAAUACUAGGAGAUCAACCUCUGGAUAUGCAGUGUAUAUUGGUUCAAAUCUUGUUUCAUGGUCUUCUAAGAAACAACCAACUGUUUCUAUGUCCUCUGCAGUAGCUGGAUAUAAAUUUUUAUAUGUUGCUUCAGCUGAAUUACAGUGGUUGUCUUAUCUUUUAGCUGAUUUACAUAUUCAAUUGGAUAAUCCAACAUUACUUUUAUGUGAUAAUACAAGUGCUCUGUCACUAGCUACUAACCCUGUGUUUCAUGCUAGGACAAAGCACAUAGAGAUACAGUAUCAUACAGUUAGAGAACUGGUGGAGGAAGGUUUUCUUCAACUGCAACAUAUUGCAUCAGAAGAUCAGGUUGCAGAGUUGUUUACAAAAGGCUUAUGUUCUCCAACUUUUACAAGACUCUUACAACGGUUGUUAGGCUUGUCACUUACUUCUUCCACUGCUACAACUAUUGCUGCUUCUUCUAUUCAGAUUGCAACAUUAGAAGAAUAG